GGAACCCUAGUUUUGUUUAUUUUGUUUGAUUCCUGUAUCUGUAAUCUAUUUUAUUAACUUAUCUUCGAUCAUUCUCCUCUUCGAAUAACACUAUAAAUUGGAUGCUAUAUGAAUUUAAACAGGACGAUGCACAGAGGCUGAUCUACUGUCAAGACUUCCAUUUUCAAUCAUCUUCAAGGUUUCAACCUUCACUUCUAGGGCUCUUCCGUGCCUCACUCGUGGUCGAUUCUACGCACCGGCACUGCCACAGCCCACUGCCCACGCAGGCCGCAGCCACGCCCCACAGCCAGCGCCUCCAGAUUCUCUCUUCAUCUCAGUCCAUUGCUCCACCGUCGUCCAUCCGUCCAGCAUUCCGUCUCCGGCGACCGGCAAGUCGGCAACAACUUGCGAAUUGUCAGAAACAUGUCUUCUAAGAAUGAAGAUAGUGGUGCUCAGGAUGCAGCAGAAAGAAUUAAGGCAGCAGCAUUAUCAGCUGCAAAGGGUCUUAGUCGUGCUCAAGCUGAACGUGCAGCUGCUGCUGCAGCUCGGAAUGUGAAUGCAUAUGGGCAGAAGGAGGAAGGGCCAAGCCGAUGGCAAGAAAGAAAAGAAGCAAAGAGGCAGAUGUACUUGAUGAGUACCGAGAAGCAGGUGAGAUUGGGUGAGCGGAAAGACCUUAAGACUUCAAUGUCCUCAAUUGGUGCAGCUUCUCAAUGUCAAAAGUGUUUCGAGACUGGUCACUGGACAUACGAGUGCAAGAACGAGAGAGUUUACAUCUCACGACCAUCUCGUACCCAGCAACUGAAAAACCCAAAACUGAGAACGAAGGUAUCAAUUUCAUAUGAUUUAGAGAACCCAGACAUUGAGAAGGAUGGGAAGAAGGAAGAGAAAGUGAAGAAGAGCAAGAGAAAGCACAAAUCAGAUACCGAGUCUGGUGGUGACGAUAGUGAGGCUUCUGUUUUUGAAUCUGACAGUGGUGCAGGGACCAAUUCUUCUUCUGGGGGGAGUGAGACAAGCUAUUCUUCUUCAACUGACUCAGAGGAAGAGAGGAGGAGAAGAAGGAAGAAGAAGAAGAAGCUGCAGCAGAGGAAAAGAAGACACCGAAGGUACAGCUCAACAUCUGAGUCCUCUGAUUCAUCCUCAGAUUCAGAAUCAGAUUCUGAGGAUCGCUCAAGCAGAAAGAAGAGCAGCAGGAGGCAGAGUAGAAGGCGCUGAGAUAACCAGUGAAGCAGAGACAAGAUUCAGCAUAUGUUGAAAUAAAUGUGCCAGUAAACGAGUUUCCCAUGUCUUUAUCCUACAUUUUGACCUUAUGCAGUAUGCUUGUUUGCAAGAAUUCCAGGAUUUUAAAGACGUUUGUUUCUAUAUUAUAACUGUGCUUGGUUACUCCA